AUGGCGUCCGCCCCGGAACAACCAGAGAUAAGUUUGAGAGAGUGGAGUCUCAAAGCUCGAAUCCGCCAUGAAAACACUGUUUCAAGAAGAUAUUCAGGUUCAUAUAUCAGAAAUACAAGCUCACACCCAUCCAACUUCACCAUUUCCAGCACCACGUCGUCUCCAGCAUGUUCAUUCAAAGUUGGAAUCGACCCUUCAACAUAUUCAUUCACCGCGGCUCUUAAAGCAUUACAGGCGCGGUCACUGUAUAAUAGUUUGGAAUGCUCACCGGAGGUGUUUGCUUUAAACUCCAAGUGGAACGAAGCCGAGAAGUACAUUUGUAACCCUCUGUCGGGAGAGUUCCCGAUGGAAUGUUUAUCGGCAAAAACGCUGAGUGGAAGGUCAUUUCGAAAAUUGGCAAACAAAAUCACCGUUUCUGGUCCACUGGUUUACCCCUCAACAAUAGUCGAGGAAGACAUUGCUGGUUCCCCUAUUCCAGCUGAAAGCUUAAAUAGAGAUGAGGGAACUCCACCACCCCAUCCCACUUCUCCUAGCUCUGUUUCAACCCCUUCAAUCUUGGAGACAGCAUUAAAUCCAUCGGGAACUGAAACUGGAGAUUCACCAUUCUCUAACACGAAAUCAAAAUCUGAUGAACAGUCCAUCACUGCAAGUCUGCAAGCAGGCUGUUUUGUUGCAGAAAUAAUUGAGGCAUGUCCUUCCAAGGAUGAAGUGAAAGAAACAAAAGAGAAGAAAGAAGAAGCAAUCAUAGACAAAGAAGAUGAUAAGAUUCGGACGAGAGAAAAGGAUGAAGAAAGGAAGUGGAAUUGCUUAUCGUGGGAUUAA